GCGCGUGGCGCUGGCGGGAACGGGCGGCGCGGGCUGAGCCGUGCGGGGCGGUGCGGGAUGGCCGUGCCGUUCGUGGAGGACUGGGACCUGGUGCAGACGCUGGGAGAAGGCGCCUACGGGGAGGUGCAGCUGGCCGUGAACGGCCGCACCGAGGAGGCCGUGGCCGUGAAGAUUGUGGACAUGAAGCGCGCGGCCGACUGCCCGGAGAACAUCAAGAAGGAGAUCUGCAUCAACAAGAUGCUGAACCACGAGAACGUCGUCAAGUUCUACGGGCACCGGCGCGAGGGGGCCACGCAGUACCUCUUCCUGGAGUACUGCAGCGGUGGGGAGCUCUUCGACCGCAUCGAGCCGGACAUCGGGAUGCCGGAGCCGGAGGCACAGCGCUUCUUCCAGCAGCUGAUCGCUGGUGUGGUGUACCUGCACAGCAUGGGCAUCACGCACCGCGACCUUAAGCCGGAGAACCUGCUGCUGGAUGAGCGAGACAACCUGAAGAUCUCCGAUUUCGGCCUGGCCACCGUCUUCAAGCACAACGGGCGCGAGCGGCUGCUGAACAAGAUGUGUGGCACGCUGCCCUACGUGGCCCCCGAGCUGCUGCGGCGCCCCGAGUUCCGUGCGGAGCCCGUGGACGUGUGGGCCUGCGGCGUGGUGCUGACUGCCAUGCUGGCGGGAGAGCUGCCCUGGGAUCAGCCCAGUGACAGCUGCCAGGAGUACAGCGACUGGAAGGAAAGGAAGACCUACCUGGCACCCUGGAGGAAGAUCGACUCCGCACCGUUAGCACUGCUGCACAAGAUCCUGACCGAGAGCCCCACGGCCCGCAUCACCAUCCCCGACAUCAAGAAGGACCGCUGGUACUGCCGGCCCCUGAAGAAGGGCACAAAGCGCAGCCGGGUGUCUUCAGGUGGUGUCACUGAAUCCCCCGGAGCCCUCCCCAAGCACAUCCGCUCUGACACAGACUUCUCUCCUGUGAAGGGUGCCCUGGGUGAGGACAAGGCGAGCUACUCCACAUCACAGCCUGAGCCCGGCACCGGCGGCACGCUGUGGGACAGCAGCACAGGCAGCAUCGACCGCCUGGUGCAGGGCAUCAGCUUCUCACAGCCUGCCUGCCCUGAGCACAUGCUGCUCAACAGCCAGCUGCUCGGCACGCCAGGCUCCUCCCAGAGCCCGUGGCAGCGCCUGGUGAAGAGGAUGACGCGCUUCUUCACCAAGCUGGACGCCGACGGCUCCUACCGCAGCCUGAGGGAUGUGUGUGAGAAGAUGGGCUACGGCUGGAAGCAGAGCUGCACCAACCAGGUCACCAUCUCCACCACGGACCGGAGGAACAACAAGCUGAUCUUCAAGGUGAACCUGCUGGAGAUGGAGAGCAGGAUCCUGGUGGACUUCCGCCUCUCCAAGGGCGACGGGUUGGAGUUCAAGCGGCAUUUCCUGAAGAUCAAAGGCAAACUGAGCGACGUGGUCAGCAGCCAGAAGGUGUGGCUGCCCCCACCCUGAGCCCCUCUUCCUCCUCCUCCUCCUCCUCACCCUGUGGGGCUCCCAUAGCCCCCAGCAGAGCUGUGCUCCCCAGGGCAGCGCUAUGGGGACAGCCCGGUUCUGCGCCCUCUGCGGCUUUUAUGGGUUCAAUAAAGCUUGGGGUCACAGCUCAGCUCUGUGCCAUCUCAGGGGCGUUCCGGGCGCAGCGCCGGUUUGGAGCGAUCUCAGCCCCGUGCGGUUCUGCAGCUCCGUUCACUCUGGAGCCGACCGACCGAUGGUGCAGAGCUCCUUUGAGCUCUGUGGCUCCAUCCACGCCCCGGAGCUGUGGGGGCAGCUCAGGGUCCUCCCCGCUCCCUGCCCUCUCAGGGCUGCAGCUGCCCCCGUCCCAGCCUCUCUAAUUGCUUUUCACAGCGCUAACGAGCCCGGAGCUGCCAGGGGUUGUUAGCGCUGGAGCGAGAGGAGCGCAGGGAUUAACCCGGGGCAGCACCCCCCCUUCCACACACCCCCCCCAAAAAAAGAGCAUCCCCCAAACCCCACCCCGAGAUGCACAUUGGCACCGCUCAGCCCCAAACCCACCGAUCCCACUGCUUCUCCAGUUACUGAGUUGGAAGAAGCCUCUUUCCGUUGUUUUCCCCUUUUUCCAGUGGGAGCCCCCCCUUCGGCCGAGCAAUUAACGUGGCCUUUCGAGGUUUUUUAAUUGCAUAUUUAUAUUGCAGCCAGGAACGAGACCCCGGCAGCGGGCGAGGGGCAGCAGGAAGACGCCGCCCCGACCCCGUGUGCUUUUCAGCCGGGAUUAAGCGCCGUUAAUUGUCCCAGAGAUCACAGAUUGCAGCCGGGGGAUAAUUAGGCUGAAUGCGGGUUUUUCUGGUUCAGUCCCCCGGGGGCUCCCGGUGGGCACAGAUUUGGGUUUCCAGGCAAAAAGGAGCUUGGGAGCACCGUUAGAGUGAGGAUUUGGGGGGUGGGAGUGGAGAACCGAGGGUUGUGUUCUUCAGAACCUCCCACAGCUCAUUGCAGCAGUGGGAAAUUGGUCCUACUUGCAGGGAAGGUUUCUCUUCCAGGGGAAAACCUGUCCUUUGGUUCAUCCCCCACAGCAUUUUGCUUUGCCUGUUGCCUACCCCUGUUUUGGGGGUCACAGGGGUGUCCCAUGGAUUUGAGCAUCAAGCAUCUCUAUGGGCAAUUGUGGUAAGCCUUUAGUAACCAUGUAGUAACUCGUCAGUAAGCCUAUAGUAAACCUUUUAUCCCCUAUACAGGGCUCUUAGAGCAGAUGCAGGAUUUAGGAUGCUGAUGUUAGGAUGUAGAUGCAGGUUUUAGGGUGCAGGUGCAGGACACAGGAUCCAGCAGGUUCAGGAUCUGGGAUGCAGAGUUGGGAAAGGGAAUUUAGGGUACAGAUAGAGGACAGGUGGUAUGCAGAAUGGGAUGCAGAUGCUGGACACCAGGUUCAGGGUGCAGGGCGGGGGGUGCAGAACCAGGAUGCAGGACAGGGGAUGCAGCAACAGAAUCCACAGGGAGGAUGUAGGUGCAGGACUGCAGGUGCAGGACGUAGGACAGCGAGUGCAGAAUGAGGAUUUGGGACACAGAUGUGGGAUGUAGGUGCAGGACAGGGAUGCUCCAUCCCCAGAGAGCCCCAGACCGUGCGGGGCCAGGAGGUGGGAAAUGCCAGUUCCCCAUGAGCAGGGAUUGCUUCGUGCCACGCGCCCGGCCGAUGCUGGGAUUUCCCUGUUUGUCCCCAUCUGGGCAGCAGAGCCCGGCCACAUCUGCC